CCACAGCACUUUCUUCCGUUUAAAAAAAAACAAAACAAAAAAAAAACAAAAACAAAGGAAAGCCGCCCGCGGUCGGGAUGGGGAAACGGCCUCUCGGAGCCUCGCUCGCUCUUCCCGGCGCUCCCGGCGUUCCGCUCGCUGCACAUCGUGAUCCUCGGCCUGGACUGCGCCGGCAAGACCACGGUGCUGUACCGGCUGCGCUUCAACGAGUUCCUCAACACCGUGCCCACCAAGGGCUUCAACGCGGAGAAGGUGCGCCUGCGGCUGGGCGGCUCCCGGCGGUGCGCCUCCUUCCACCUGUGGGACGUGGGCGGGCAGGAGCGCCUGCGGCCGCUGUGGCGCGCGUACACGCGCGGGGCGGACGGCCUGGUGUUCGUGGUGGACUCCGUGGACGCGGAGCGGCUGGAGGAGGCGCGCGCGGAGCUGCACAAGGUGGCGCGGCUGGCGGAGAACCACGGCGUGCCCGUGCUGGUGGUGGCCAACAAGCAGGACCUGCGCGGCUCGCUGGCCCCCGCCCAGAUCCAGGAGGCGCUGGCGCUGGCCGAGCUCAGCCCCGCCACGCCCUGGCACCUGCAGCCCGCCUGCGCCAUCAUCGGCGAGGGCCUGGCCGACGGCCUGGAGCGGCUCCACGCCAUGAUCGGCAAACGGCGCAAGGCCCUGCGGCAGCAGCAGCGCCAGCGCAGGAGGAGGUGAGCGCGGGAGAGAGAGAGAGAGAGAGAGAGGGAGAGGGAGGUGGGCCUUCGGCACCU